AUGUCUGCUGGGCAACCACAUUCCAACCCCGAAGGUCCCCCACAAUUGCCUCCGCACUUUCAAACAAAUAUGGAGUCAACUAUGACCGGUGGUCAAGGUCCUGCUCAUUAUACUGGAGACUCUGCGCCAGUAUCUGGUCGCUCAUCUUUCUCCUAUUCAAGGACGUAUUCGACGCCAGCCACCGGUGCACAAACCCCAGAUCCAUUAAUGGGACAUACAGUUGUUGUGGAUAAGCACUCGUUGAAAAAUGUUUCACACACAAUUACAAGCCUCGAGCCCAGAAAUGAAAAUUUGCAUGAACUCGAGACGCUCGGACAUCGGUUAACUAACCGAAGGCGUUCGGUAUCCCGAACUCGGGAUGUUGCCGACGAAGCCGCAUCGCCGACCCGAAAGAGACAAGGUGUACCGCCCGAGAUCCGAAGCUUCACGGCCGAAGUCAUCCUUGUGAUGGUUUGUUCGGCGGGGCUGAUGCUUUUCUCGUUCUUUCUAGGCGACAUGCUCAUUCCGCAAGACCAGAUCAAGACUGCACUUGGCAUCACCAAUACCCAGCUUCCGUGGAUUGUUGGUGCAUUUAAUACGGCCAAUGGUCUAUCCGUUGUGAUAUCAGGAUCUCUUUCAGAUCUAGCCUCGCCCAGAACUCUUAUGAUGGGUGCGUUCUCUUGGCUAGCUGUCUGGAAUAUUGUCGGGGCUUUCUCCUUGCAACCAUCCCGAUAUAUUCUUUUCUUUAUGGUGAGAGCGAUGCAGGGUCUUGCUAUUGGCGUUCUUGUGUCCGGCUCGAUGUCUAUUCUCGGUAGAGUCUACAAACCGGGAGUCCGUAAGAACCGAGUCUUCUCUGCUAUGGCUGCGAUGGCACCCUUUGGCUUUUCGCUUGGUGCCCUACAAGGCGGUGGUCUCUACCAGCAUCUCCCUUGGAUAUUUGGAACCAACGCUAUUAUCUGCACUAUAUGCUGUGUUGCUGCGUACUUUACUAUUCCCCCAUUAAGACCGGUGGCUGAUGUUGCUGGCACCGAAGCGCCAACUUUACGCCAGUUUGAUUAUAUUGGUGGUUGUUGUGCCGCGGGAGGAUGUGUAUGCUUGCUUUUCGGUCUUACACAAGGGCCAGUUGCUUCUUGGUCGCCCUAUACUUACAUUUUGAUCAUUAUCGGCCUGUUACUACUGGCCGGUCUCUUCUUUGCUGAGCGUGCCGCUGUGCGCCCGCUUGUUCCCAACCGCUUAUGGUCAACUCCGGGAUUCACACCUCUGAUGAUCGCAUAUUUUCUUGGAUUCGGAUCAUUCUUUGGUUGUUGGCAAUUCUACGCGAUCCAGUUUUGGCUCCGAAUCCAGCAUGCUACCCCGAUUGCUGUGGCCCUUUACCAUAUCCCAAACGCUCUAGUCGGAGUCCUCGCCACUUUCAUCGUGAGCCGCAUUCUGCAUCUUGUCCCAGGUCAUUAUAUUUAUGCUGUCUCUAUGUUCGCAUUUACUCUUGGGCCCGCAUUUUUCAUUCCUCAAACUGCAAAUACAACAUACUGGGCACUUUCAUUCCCAGGUAUUGCACUGGUCACCUUCGGGCCUGAUCUUGCCUUUGCUGCUGCCUCUAUCUUCAUCACAAGUAACGUUGCCCGUUCAUACCAGGGAUCGGCAGGUAGCUUGCUUGUCACCAACCAGAACUUGUCGUCUGCUAUCAUGACGAGUCUUGCUGAUGCGAUUGGUACACGUGUUAGUCAAACUGCGGAUGGAGAUAUUGGCCUGCAGGGACUUCGAGCUAUAUGGUGGUUUGCAAUGGGCGCCCAAGUCAUUGCGUUUCUUGUGACUGUCAUUUGGGUUAGAAUUCCCAAGGAGGAGGAGAAGGAGCAUGUCACCUAA